CGUUUUUCAUGGUACCCUCAUAAUGCAAAUGGGGGUUAACUUAUUCCUAGUAUCACUAUCGGUUUUAGAGGUCAUGGAAGCGCGAAAGGAGCCCAAGGUGGUCGUCCAGUUUGCAAUCCUAAUGCUGCUCGCCUUAGGGCAUCUGUCCAUGUGGUCGUUUUUUGGAGACCUGUUGUCCCAGAAGUCAUUAAAAAUAUCGGAAGCCGCUUAUGAGGCUUAUGACCCCACCAAAGGAUCCAAGGAUAUUUAUAGAGACCUCUGCUUAAUUAUUAGGCGUGGCCAGGAGCCUCUGAUCAUGAGAGCCAGCCCCUUUCCGCCCUUCAAUUUUAUAAACUACAGCGCUGUAAGGUUCUAAAGGCAUUUUAUAUAUUGUAAUUUCUUAUCUAUUGGCUUUUCAGAUACUUAACCAAUGCUAUGGAAUCCUGACAUUUAUGCUAAAGACAUUAGAUUGA